UUUCAGUUUAAAUUCAGAUCCUCACACAUGCCGUGCAAGCACUCCACCCUGAACUAUAUCUUCAGCCCUUUCUUUAAAGGCAGAAACUAAGAAAGUGGUCUUCCAAUUAAGUGAAAGUAAAUAGGUCAUUUGGAUGCUUGGUUUGGGGGCUAUUUGUGAGGGGUAUGAGGCAUCAAUCUGAGGAAAAGACAUGGAUUCAAGGAAAAAACUGAAUUGCUGAUGCAUUAUUCGUUGCUCCAUGCUUCAAGAAAAACAUUUAGCAAUGUCAAAGUUAGUAUCUCCAAGCAGUGGACCCCAAAUGCUUUUAACACAACACUUGAGUUGCCUGUAGAGAUCUGGAGCAGCAACCAUUUAUUUCCCAAUACAGAGGAGGCUACUCUUUUCCUUGGAACGCUGGAUACUAUUUUUCUGUUCUCCUAUGCUGUGGGUCUUUUCAUCAGUGGCAUCGUUGGGGAUCGGCUGAAUUUACGAUGGGUUCUCUCUUUUGGCAUGUGCUCCUCUGCAUUAGUGGUGUUUGUCUUUGGCACUCUCACAGAAUGGCUGCACUUCUACAACAGAUGGCUCUAUUGUUGCCUGUGGAUUGUGAAUGGCCUGCUGCAGUCCACUGGCUGGCCCUGUGUGGUCGCUGUGAUGGGCAACUGGUUUGGGAAAAAUGGGCGAGGAGUUGUCUUUGGUCUCUGGAGUGCCUGUGCUUCUGUGGGCAAUAUUUUGGGAGCAUGUCUAGCUUCAUCUGUUCUACAGUAUGGUUAUGAGUAUGCCUUUCUGGUGACAGCGUCUGUGCAGUUUGCUGGUGGGAUCGUCAUCUUCUUUGGACUCCUGGUGUCACCAGAAGAAAUUGGUCUCCCAGGUAUUGAAGCAGAAGAAAACUUUGAAGAAGAUUCCCACAGACCGUUAAUUAAUGGUACUGAAAACGAAGAUGAGUAUGAGCCUAAUUACUCUAUUCAAGAGUCCAGAACUGUUGCCCAAGUGAAGGCAAUAAGCUUCUACCAGGCUUGCUGUCUUCCUGGUGUCAUACCGUAUUCACUGGCCUACGCCUGCCUGAAACUGGUGAAUUACUCCUUCUUCUUCUGGUUGCCCUUUUAUCUGAGUAACAACUUCAGAUGGAAGGAGGCUGAAGCUGACCAGUUGUCCAUCUGGUACGAUGUUGGAGGAAUCAUAGGUGGGACUUUGCAAGGCUUCAUCUCUGACAUCCUACAGAAGAGAGCACCAGUGUUGGCCCUUAGCCUGAUCCUUGCAAUUGGCUCCCUUGUUGGGUACAGUCGUUCUCCAAAUAAUAAGUCCAUCAAUGCGCUUCUGAUGACGGUUACAGGGUUUUUUAUUGGUGGACCUUCUAAUAUGAUUAGCUCAGCUAUUUCAGCGGACCUGGGUCGCCAAGAGCUGAUCCAAGGGAGCAGUGAGGCUUUAGCCACGGUCACAGGAAUUGUUGAUGGAACCGGGAGCAUUGGAGCUGCCGUGGGCCAGUAUUUGGUGUCUUUAAUCCAGGACAACUUAGGAUGGAUGUGGGUUUUCUACUUUUUCAUUCUCAUGACUAGUUGUACAAUUCUGUUUAUCUCACCAUUAAUAGUGAGGGAAAUAAUCUCUCUUGUGCAAAGGAGACAAGCUCACAUAUUGAGUGAGUGACUGUGCCCACAAGAAAAAAAGAACAGUGGGAGACACGAGACUAUAAGAUCUUUUAAUUCACUACAUUUGGGGUUGUCUAAGAGUGCUAACAUAACCUCGGCUUACCAGACCUCUUCAACACUGCCAGCCCCCCUGGACACUGGCCAGGAGUGAAGACUGCAUUAUUUUUCUACACUAUAGGAAUUACUAUUGAUGAUUUUUAUUGUUUCAUGAAUGUACUGGAUGGUGUAUGAAUCUACCUGCAUCCCUGUUGGCCCUUUGAGGUUUAUGCCUUUAACCCUGGUAUCAUAUUGGCCUUGGAACCUGUACUGCAGCCUCAAGAAUUGAUGAACAGGAGAGAGCUGCACAUGGUUUGCAUGGAUAAUGAAUAAAAAGGAUCAUUGCAUUUUGCUUUGGUAACAAGUUUGCAGAGAGUGGCUCACCUCUGAAGCACCAAAACUUGAAAAAGAGCUCCUGCAGGGUUGAGCUGCAAACUCAUCAUGGACUAAGAACACCUCUACCAGCUGAGCUGGGAAAGAUGGCGCCACGUGCUUGUUGGCUCCGGCACUGUCUCAGAGUCUGUCUCAGAGUCGUUUGCUAAAGAAGCAGACUAUCUCCCAAUUAUUGUCAACUUGUUCUGCGUCUUCACUCACAAUUAGCUUUGACAACUGGAGGCCUUUUGUGAUUUUGAGGACAAUCAGGCACAUUAGUUAUCUUGAACAUUCCAUUGUGUAGCUCUCAACCCCAGAUUUGCUGUCUGGGAACUUCAGGGCCCUCUGGGAAGCGAAUCUGCUCAGCCCUAUUUUUGGAGGAUUGAUCUCUGUCACUACUAGGUUCCUGGAGUUCCCUCAGCAGAAGACAGAAUUAGAGGAAAAUCCUGGAAGUGUUCCAGAAGCGUAAAGUGUGUGAUGUUGACUCACGCUGAUGGGUUUCUAGGUCUGAGGGGUGUUGUCUUUAGAAGAAGGUAGUGUAUGUAUUCAAGGCUGUGAAUUCUAUAUUAAUCGGUGUUUUAAGGUCACUAUAUGUAUUUUAAAUUAUGUAAACAAACUAGUAGGAAAAUGUGCAAUUUUGAGGGAUACCUAAUUUGCUUUGAAUUAGCAAAUAUUUUUCAAUCUCUUGCUUUAUACUUCAAAAUGUGUGUGAUGAACUUGUUGAUGAUAUUUAAUCAUGAGGAUUUUUGAUCACUUUAUUGCUUGUUUACUGACAUAAAAGGAAAAUACAAAACACAGGAAGGAGAAAUAAACCAACUUUUGUAGUAAAUGUCUAUCCA